UCAGCCAAUUGAUUCGCCUCUGCUACGUCUUCUCGAAACCUGCCGUUGUUUUCCUUUCCCUCUCCCACUCUCUCUCUCUCUCUCUCCUCGGUUCUCACCAACCUCUCUUUAUAAGCAUCUCCUCCUCCGCUCCUCCCUUUCCCCAUCUCUCUCCCUCUCUAAGCAGCAAGAAGCACUACUGCACUGCACUGCACUGCAAAGGACGAGACUGGCUCUGAAACUGAAACCCAUAGUCACCAUGGACUCUGCGGCCGUGAGGAGACCCUGUUUCAUCGAGGAGGACGACGGGCUGGCCUCCCUGGCCGAUAUGGAGGCCGGGGUCUCCGGGAAGCAAUGCCACUCCUUCGUCUCCCGCCCCCUCUGCUCCGCCAGGAGCGGCUUCCGGAACGUCUCCUCCGCCUACUCCGUGGCGUCCCCGAGAUCUUCUUCCAGGUUCUACGAUGCCAGAUUCGAGGAUCACCACCGGCCCCAUUUCCUGGAGUCCUGUUUCCUCUGCAAGAAGCCGCUCGGGAGUAACAGGGACAUCUUCAUGUACAGAGGGGACACCCCAUUUUGCAGCGAAGAGUGCCGGCAAGAGCAAAUAGAGACCGACGAGGCCAAGGAGAACUGGAACCUCUCCUCCUCCAUGAAGGCUCUGAGGAAGAAGAAGGACCAGAGGAAAUCGACCUCUCCAACCAAAGCUCAGGGCUACACGUUCCAUGCGGGCACCGUCGCGGCUGCUUAGAAAUCAAGACAUCGCUUAUUUGCGCGCUUAAUAAUUACAUAAAAUAUAUAUGAACACGAAACUACUUCACAUGAACCAACCCAUGUCGCACAAAGACGAGAUCUUUGGUUCUGGGUAUGUGGCUGACUGACCGAGGAGGGCCAAGGAGAGUAUAGCAGGAGGAGGAGAUCGACGAUGAUGACCCGACAAAGCAGCCCAAAAAUGGAAAUGAAAGGAAGAUGAGUAAAGAGAAAAAGGGACCCAUUUUGAUGUUUUGUUUUCUCGAUUGUGGGUGUAUAAUUUUCAGGGGAUGAUGUGAGAUAUACAGAGAGGUUGUGGUUGGGGGUCGUGGUUGUGGUGUUCUGGGAACGUGCUCAAUGAGAUGGCUCUGGUUUUGGCUUUUGGUUCUUCUUUUUUCGCUUUCUGUUUUCUCGGUUCCUUGUGUAAUUUUUGUUCUACUUUACAUGAGAAAUGAAGAGGCUCCAGCUUUUAGUUU